AUUUCAUUUUUACUUUCCUAACAUUUCGGUUGAUAGUUUCAAGUGAAAAAUUCUCGAUUGAACUGCUAGUUUUAUUUCUUGAUAUUCGAUUUUCCGCAUUCGCAAUGGCGGAGUUUCCGAUCUGCAUAUCCGCGUCGCAGCGCGAGUUGGCCCGCAUGACGGAGGAGCAGCGCCUGACCGCUCUGCUGCAGGUGAAGGAGCGCAAGAAGGCGGUCAAGGCAAAGCCGAAGAAGAUCCUGGGCGGUCCUCUGAUGGUGAACCGCAUGAAGAUGUGGCGCCAGCACCGCGAGCGGGUCAAGGAGGCGAUCAGCACGGUGGACGCGGAGGCGCCCAACUUCCAGGCAGCCCGCAUCACCGGAGUGAACAACCUGCGGGACGAGGCGCAGGUGUUUAUGAAGCGCACCAAGGCCAACAUCCAGCUGCUCGUUGAGAUCUCCCGCACCAUGCGCACCCACGGGGCCAUCAAUCCCUUCCGCUACGAGGUGGUGCACGCCGUCUCCAGCGUUCCGCUGGCCCUGCUCAGCCUGGAGCAGCUGGAGCGGGACAACCGCGACUUCGGCCGACGCAUCAUGGAGGUGCACAGCGAGGUGGACUCCGGCCUGUCGGAUAAGCGGCUGCUGGUGGGCAGGAACGCGGCUCAGGCGGCUCCGCUGGAGCUGCCUCCCCAGGCGAUGGCCAAGUACGAGGCCUUCAACAUCCCGCUGCCCGAGUCGGAUGCCGAGUUGCGCCGCCUCUUCCGACCGCGCAUCUACUUUGACAUAUACCUGAAGGACGCCCGACCGCUUGGCAGGAUUGUGAUCCAGCUGUAUACGGAGGCAGCCCCCCUCGUGGUGCUGCAGCUGAUCAAGUCCUGCAUGUGCAACCAGCACUCCAAGUUCCUGGUCAAGCGACUGUUCCCCAAUCUUUGGCUGGAAACGGACUUGCUGCUGGCGGCGGACUCGCUGCUGCACCAGCCUUUGGAAUACGACGCCAAAGUCAUUGACCACGGAGCCUCCAGCUACGUAUUAUCCUUCAGCAAGGCUUACGUCAAAGGAUUCACCCAGCACCUCUCGUUUGCCAUCUCGUUCAAGCCGCUUACCGUGGUCAAUGGAUCCCGAGUGGGAUUCGGCCGGAUUGUGAAGGGCAGCAAGAUAUGCGAGUGCAUCCAGAGUUACGGCACCAAGAACGGAAAGCUCAGCCGGGGUCUGCUGUUCACCAGCUGCGGAUUACUUUAAAUUCUUUUCAUGUGCAUCGAAACCUUUCAGUGUGUGUAAAUCGUAGUCGGUUUUUCGGAAAGGCUGGGGAUCAUAUUUUUUGUGGAAAAGGCAGUAUACUGUAAAUCUGGAAAUAGUUCUGUGAAGAUAGAAGAUAAAAAUCUUAAAUGACUGAUUACUAAUUAAACUCCGAUUACUCAA